AUGUACUGCGAUCGAAAGUAUAUAACAGUAGAUGUAGAUUGUGUGUACAGCCGAAGCAUAAUAGAAGCAAAUUUGCAAUUGGUAUGGACUGAAUCAGAGAAUAAAUUACUCCAAUCGUUUGGUCCAUGGUUAAGAGAUAAAAUCGAAUGCGAGAAUACAGUGGCGCUAGUUAAACGAGAAUGCGAGGAUAUUUUGGAGAUGAGCCGAGAAACUGCGGAAAAACAAUUUCACGAGGUAGUCGAACUUUACAAUGAAGCUAAAGAAAAGGUGACCCGAUUAGAGAAACGUGUAGAAAUGUACGAGGGUUUUGGAAGGGAGCAGGAAAACCGAGGUUUUGAGCUGGCGAAUCUACUUGAAACUUUAAAACGUUUCGACGUGGAUGUCGGCUCUGUCUGUCAACUUACAGCGGAAGCUUUGAAGAACUUGACCGAACGGGGGAACUUAUUCGAAGAAAGCAUGAAGAAUCUCAGGCAUCUAGCUUGGAUCGUGAAAGACAGAAAGGAUGAACCGCAACUGGUUUUAUUAAGGGAACAGAAUUCCGUUUUGAGGCAGGUAGUAAAGAAUCUUAAAAGGAAGUUUCAGAUGCUCAGCCAAGCGCACGAUAUCCCGGAGAAAGAAAAUGAGGAACGACACGAAUCCCUUGAAAGCGAAAUAAAUUCCCGGAAUCAUAAUGGAAACUUAUCGAACGCGCCAGUGUUGAAGGAAAACACGAAGGAAAAUUCGAUAAACUCGUCAAUUCACGAAAAUCAUAACUCUUGCAACGCGAUGAAACACAACGAACGCGGCGAAACUGUAACGCGCGAAAUAACUGACGCGUACAAGAACGAUAAUCGAAAUAAGCAAUUCGAUAUCGAACGUACGAUAAUCGAUAAGCGCGGCAGGCUAUUGUGCAUCGAAUCCCAUUCGAAUGGCGUGGUAUACGAAGAGUACGUGUUUAAAUUGUCAAUCGAUCGAGAGAUGAAAAUUAAAUAUCCAGUUUCGUUAAAUAACAGCGAAGAAGUGGUUAGAUUGGAGUUUGUGGAUAACGAAACCGACUAUUCGGUAACAUCGAUGGAUAGAAUGUUGAUAUUGUUAAAAAAUAUACACGCAAUUGUGAUCGUCAAACAAACCGGUGUAUCGUGCAGCACGCAAACUAUGAAAACGAAAACUUCCAACAACUUCGCACAAACGGCAAUUACUGGAGUAAAUUCAUUUUCUCGUUUAAACAGUGGCGCUACGGUGAGUAAAGAAAUUUCUACCUUCUUUACUUUGAACUGCACAUUUCGACAUUGGAUUUAUUUACUAAGAACAAAUAUUACGCUGCUUCUUAUAAAAAAUACAAAAAAAAAAUAAAAUUUAAAUUUAUAAUAAUACUUAAAAGAAUUAUUUAUAUGUUUUAUGAAUACUGAUUUUUUUACAUAAAUACAUCAUUCGAGUAUAGUAUCUCGUUAAUAUUAUAAUUAAUCUUAUUAUAAAUUCGAUUAACAUACGGAAGUCAUAAAAGUGAAAACUAAAACACUGAAUUGUUUAUUCUUAUACUAUAUUUCGUACAAUACAAUUGAAAAAACGUACAUCAAUUUCGUCAGAGCAAUUGGUACAAAAUUUCAAUUUGACUCUUCAAUUAAAUAUAGAUGCUUAAUAGUGAGAAACGUGCGAUAGAAAGAAGUCUCUAUAAUUUGGAACGAAUCGUUAAGACCUUAAAACUCAACGCAUUAAAUCAAGUUGAGACGAUGAUCGAUAAGGACUCGCAUUUGCUUGGAAAUAACGAGAUAUUAAACUAUAUGAAGGCAUUGACUCAAUAGUACUAUGCAUAGCGACUCUUACUUUUCUUUCGAGUGCACGAAUCUCUAACAUUAUAACGAUCUUUGUAACAUGUAACAGUAUCGAACUAGAUUCCUCAUUAUAAUUGUAAUAAUACUUUUCCUAUUCAAUUGUACAUAAAAAAAUACCACUAGAAGUAAUUGGUAAAGAUGUCCACAAGUUUAGAAAAACUUUAAUAGUUACGGGUGCUUAUUGUUAAAAAUGUUACGAGUUGAAUCUUACAUAUUAUAAUAUAUAUCUAUACACGCAUAGAUGUACAUUACAUAUACAUACAUACAUAAUAAAUGUACAUAAUUGCAUCGAUUUAAUUGUAUUUAAAAUCGUAAUAAUUAUCACAUUAUUUUGAGUACGAAUUAAAUACUUAUUUGUUUUCAUCUUCAAUAGCGGUGCACUUUACUAUGUCCUCGUACGUGAAUAAACUUUCUUUUAGAGAAUCUCAAAACAUUUAUCCUGUUUACUUUUUUUUCUUACAUUGAAGUGCGAUUUCAUUACACGUUUGUAAAUGGAAAAAUUUAUUAAAAAUUGUGAAAUGCAAUUCGUGGAAAAAUACAUAUAUGCAAUAUAUGCAUAAGCCUUAAAAGGUAGUCCAACUUCUCUUCUCAUACAUUUCCUUCGAUCGAAAUAUAUAGAAUUAAUAUAUAAUUCAUGUGCUCUUGAUUCAGCAUUUCAUAUGUAAGU